AUGGCAAAUCAAGGUUCCAGCUCAGGCAGCUCAUCUCAAGUCAUUGUACCACACUUCAGUGGGGAAGGGUACAGCUUGUGGAGUCUCAAGAUGGAGACAGUCCUCAUCUCUCGCGAUCUAUGGAAGCUCGUUGAGAAGGGGUAUGAUGAGGAUGAAGCAGAUGAGCAUAAGUUGAAUGAGAACAUUAAGAAGAAUGCCAAGGCUUUGUGUCUUAUACAACAAAGAUUGGAUGAUAAAACUCUCAUCAGGAUCUCUCAGACACGAAACGCUAAGAAGGCAUGGGAUAUACUGAAGAAAGAAUAUCAAGGGUGCACGAAGAGCUCGGCCGCGAAGUUGUAUGCAUAUCGGCAACAAUUUGAGACCAUCCGAAUGAAGAAUGGUGACACCAUUCAAGACUAUGUUAGCAAGGUGUUAACACUUGCACAUCAUAUUAGAACUCUCGGAGAGGAUCUCCCGGAUCAAUCGGUGGUCGGCAAGAUACUUCGAAGCCUCACACCUAAGUUCAGACAUGUGGUAUCCUCCAUCAUUGAAGCCAAGGAUCUUACCACACUCACAGUGGAUGAGUUAAGUGGUUCACUGAAGGGUCAUGAAGGAAGACUCGACAUGGAGAAUGACCAGGUAGAAGUGAAGGCUUUUCACAUCAAGGGAGAAGCUUCUUCAAGUAGUUAUAAUGUCAAUACAAGAAGAGGCAGGGGACGUGGAGGUUUCAGAGGUCGCUCAAGAGGCAGAGGGAGAGGUCAUGUCUCUGAGCAGAAGGAUACUUAA